CAAUUUCACGGUGCUUGACCUUGGGUUUGGAAGCAAAGUGCGAGAGGCAACCACGCGUCUCAUCUCCGUCCGAUCGCGUAUUACCCAAGUAUUACCUUACCAAAUUCUCGCGUUGAUUAGGCACGGAUUCUUUUGCACCUUUUCAUUUAUGCUGCUUAGAUACUGCAGCAAUUGCUGGAAGACAAAUAGAAUAUUUGAACUCGAAGAUUCAAAGUUACAGGUGAUCAACAUUCAGCGGCGACGUUAACGGGUUGAAAUUUUAAAAUUGGAAAAUUCUGAUCAAGUCAUGGACCACUCAAAUCACGGCAUGGACCACUCAAAUCACGCUAUGGACCACUCGGGUCACAAAAUGGACCACACGGACCACAAUACGAACCACUCGGGCCACAUGAUGGACCACUCGGCGCACGCGGACCACGGUCUGGGCGCGGCCGGCGCCGCCCAGCAGGUGCUGAACGCCACGCUGUCGGCGGCGGCCACGGCGGCCAGCGAGGUGCUCACCACCGUGCAGCAGCACGUGCACGGUGCAGGAGACCACGAUCACGCCGCCAUGGGCCACGAUCACGCCGCCAUGGGCCACGACCACGCGGCAAUGGGCCACGACCACAGUCAGCACAUGGCAGCCACCGGCACGGCGGCGAGCCACGAGAUGGCCGGGCACAGCAUGGCCGGACACGGGAUGGCGAUGACAUUCCAUUUCGGCGUGAACGAGUUCGUGCUGUUUGACGCGUGGCACGUCACCACCGCCGGCGGCAUGGUGGCCUCGUGCAUAGGCCUCUUCAUCCUGGCGCUGCUCUACGAGGGACUCAAAUACAAACGGGAGGAUCUGCUGCGUAAGAACGCCACGCGGAGCCAGUUCGACACGAUCCGGGUACCGACCGACGGCGGCGUCGCUGAGGUCACCACCGUCUCCAACGCGCGGCCCUCGGGCGCCGGCGGCGGCGAGCAGCCCGGCUCGGAGGCUGCCAGCGACGUCACGGCUUCGGAGGGGGAGCCGAUCACCGCCGCCGGCCGCCGCCGCCAGGCCAGACAACGUAUGCUCAGCAAGCAUCAUGUUCUACAGACUUUCCUGCACGCAGUUCAGGUGGUCGUCGGCUACUUCCUCAUGCUGGCAUUCAUGACGUACAACGUGUGGCUCGGCAUCGCCAUCACUCUCGGCGCCGCCGCCGGGUACUUCAUCUUCGGCUCGAAGAAGUUCGUCGUGGUCGACGUGACGGAACACUGUCACUGACGGCGUCCGUCGGAUAGUGUCGGCGCCGGCCGUACAUACGGGCGCCGGAGACAGCCCGUCGGAUAGUGUCGAUUUCGGCCCACGGACGCCGGAGCAGCGCGGUCGCUGCCACCGCUGCCCUGCCCGCGCUGCACCGCUGCGCGGGCAGCGCGGGCCGACGUUUUACGUAGGCGACAGCUCCCGGUGUUUGUGCCGCGCCCCGCCAGCGCCGCCGGCCUCAGCACCCCGACGGUGCGGACAGGCCGGGCGGCGCCGAGCGGCAGCGGCCCACACAGUCACCUCCCGUGGUCACAAGUCACUCCGGCCGUGCCGUGGGUGGCCAGCGCGAGCGGCUGGGUCCCACAGUCGCCGCCUCGCGUUUUGUGUCAGGUAUACCUGUGUUUGGGUGCGCGUAUGAGCAGAGUGCGUCUCGCUGAGACCCCGUAGUCUAGUGGGAGUCGGGCGGCAUCGCCCUCCCCGGCCCUGCCGCCGGGUCAGUGCGGGGCGGUGUCGGGCGGUGUCGCCCCUCCCCGGCCCUGCCUUUGGGUCAGUGCGGGGUGGUAGUGGGGCGGUGUCGCCCCUCCCCGGCCCUGCGACCAGGUCAGUGCGGGGCGGUGUCGCCCCUCCCCGGCCCUGCCACCGGGUCAGUGCGGGGCGGUGUCGCCCCUCGCCGGCCCUGCCUCUGGGUCAGUGCGGGGCGGUGUCGGGCGGUGUCGCCCCACCCCGGCCCUGCCACCGGGUCAGUGCGGGGCGGUGUCGCCCCUCGCCGGCCCUGCCUCUGGGUCAGUGCGGGGCGGUGUCGGGCGGUGUCGCCCCUCCCCGGCCCUGCCACCGGGUCAGUGCGGGGCGGUGUCGCCCCUCGCCGGCCCUGCCUCUGGGUCAGUGCGGGGCGGUGUCGCGCCUUUCCCCGGCCCUGCCACCGGGUCAGUGCGGGGCGGUGUCGCCCCUCCCCGGCCCUGUGCGGUGGCCGGACGGCGCGGUGUCUUUCAGCCUGGCCUACGGAAGGCGGCGAGUCUCAGUCACUGCGAUGACCGCGGCGCCUCUGUUGUGAUGCCAUUAUGGUUGUGGUCAGAGUUGAAUGUUUUCCCGUGCGUAGCAUGGACUGCAUACAAGUAUACUGUUAUUGAAUCUACUGUAUGUAUACUGUGUCCAGUAUUGUUUUCAGUCUGGGCAGGGACCAAAUCGCCCUACGGUCCCAGUGCGCAAGUCAAAUAAACUGAAUGUGAACAA